GGGCGCGGGGGCGGCGCCGCGUUUAACCCAGGCCGGGCCCGUCGGCGGGGCCCUGGGGACGGUCGCUGCCGGCGCGAGCAGGACAUGAUAGGAAGAAAAGAAUUCUGCACUUCAGGACAGAUGCCAAUGACUGACCUAAGCUGCCUUGCCUAUGUACUGGAAGAAUGGACUGUUGUGGAGUACCUGAAGAAAUACCUUUUUUAUGUGGUCAUUGCCUCACUAACAAUGAGUGCAAUGUUAUUUUUUUUUAUAGUUCCUUUAACAAUCGUCUUUUUCAUUUACCUUACCAGUAUUUUGCUUUUAAUGUAUCAGAGGAACAGUGAGAUAAAAGCAGAUCCCUUGAGUGAUGUUUGGGAUAGUGCAAGGAAAACUAUAGCAAGCUUUUGGGAUGUAUAUGCAAGAAUAUGGCAUGGUUAUGAGCUUCAUGGUGUGGAAAACCUACCAGAAGGACCAGGCAUUCUGGUGUAUUACCAUGGAGCUAUUCCUAUAGACUACCUUUACUUCUUGUCUAGGCUGUUUCUCUGGAAGAAAAGACUUUGUCUGUCAGUAGCUGAUCAUUUUGUCUUUCGUUUACCAGGACUUAAAUUAUUACUGGGAGUGACAGGCGUUAUGCCAGGUACAAGGGAGGAAUGCCUCAUUGCCCUGAAGAACGGAUACUUGGUGUCCAUCUCGCCAGGUGGAGUUAGAGAAGCGCUAUUCAGUGACGAAAGUUAUCAACUCAUGUGGGGAAAUCGAAAAGGCUUUGCUCGGGUCGCUCUAGAUGCAAAAGUGCCCAUCAUUCCAAUGUACACUCAAAAUGUCCGGGAAGGAUAUAGGAUGCUUAAAGAAAGAAGAUUUUUUAGACAGUUGUAUGAAAGCACUCGAUUACCAUUUACUCCUCCAUAUGGAGGACUUCCAGUUAAAUUUCGCACAUACAUUGGGGAGCCAAUCCCUUAUGAUCCAAAUAUCACUACAGAUGAAUUAGUUGAAAAGACAAAGACUGCUGUCCAGGAUCUCAUAAACAAGCAUCAAACAAUCCCAGGCAGCAUAUGGAAGGCUUUACUGGAGAGAUUUGAUGAACGUAAAAGUGAUUAGAAGGCUUUUGUUUAUUUCAUUGUUCUUAUAGCAUGCAGUAAAAAACAAUGUCCUAUGGCACUGAUGACUAAUAAUUGGCAUUCAACCAGUUUAAUUUACAAGUUUCUAUAGAUUGGACAGAAGAAAGCAAUUAACCUCUUGAAGGUUCUCCUUUGUCUUUGAGGAUAUUCUGAAGUCAGAAAGACUGAAGAAGAAAACUUGUGUAUAAUAGCAAUGCAACAGCUGAAUUCCCCCAAAGGAAAUCAUGUAGCCAGGAUUUGCCUGGUUGCUAAAACAAGUAAGUACAUACAUCUGAGAGCCUCAGAAGUUUUGUGUAAAUACAUGCUUUUAUGUUUUGAGUGGUUUAUGGUCCAUGCGCAGAGCAGAACCUCAGAGUCAGUGUUGUCCCACCAGAGUCCCCACCCUCAGUGGGUACCUUCCCUGUUGGGCCCCACGCAAGACAGUGUCAGAAGAGAAACUGUCUUGCUUUAGCUAAUGAUCUACUGCUUAGGCCAUUUUUCUAGAGAGACUAUACGAAGAGAAAUAAUCCCAUUAAACCAGUUACUAGACUCCUACAAGUUUAUCAGUUUAGUGGUUUGGUACCCUGGAAUGUAGGAAUGCCACCUCCAAGACUUUGUCCUGACAGGGGAAAAAAGAAAAAAAAAAGGUCUCUCAAAGAGAUUAAAAAAGCUUUAGUUAAGUGUAUCAGUGUGCAAAUACAAGUAGAGAGUAGUUUCAAGUCUGAGCUGGUACAUUCAUAUCUUAUUUCACCAUGUACUACUGGUGUAGUGGAUGAGGCUGCCCCCAGCCUGAGAAUCCCUGCAUCGCAGUGUGUUUGCAGUAGCAAACUCACACGCAGCUCCCAGCGAGCAGGGAGCGGGCUUGGGGGGAGCUUCCUUAGGGAAUGCAGCCCUGAGGCUUAUCGUCACUAAGGAUUUGCCCAAAAACUCAGAACUGCAACACUGCCAUCCCCAUACGGAUUGAAUCUAAAUGCGUGUUUGGAAAGGUGUGGGCAACACGCAGCGUUGUCUUCCUAGUGCAACUUGCAGAAUACUGAAACUUGCUACAAAGCAGAAUGUGUUUUUACAAGCUGUGAGAUGUUGUUACUGGUGGAAGUGGGAGAGCUUUGUGUAAUCUAUCCAAUAUGCCAUUAAAUGCAACCAAAUCUGUUAACCUCAAA